GUCUCACUUAGGCAGGGAGCAACGCACAUACAGACUGAGCUGUUUGUGUGGCAGUGAUGGAUGCGAGCUAGCCGUGUAAUAUUAAUAACAUAGAAAACCUGUUAGGAUAUAUAACGAGUUGUCACUUCAUAUAUCGCGUCAUAGCUCUAGUUCUGAUUUCUAACACGCAGAUAUAUCCGUUAGUACACAGCAAUGGGCGGGCUGGGGAACGGGCGUCGAGGAGGAAGAUCACCCCCUCUCAUGAUUGCUGCGCUGAUUGCCUGUAUCUUGGUUCUGGGAUUUAACUACUGGGUGUCCAGCUCCCGCAACCUGGAGCUUCAGACUAAGCUGUAUGAGUUGGAGAGCCAGGUGCGACGUGGAGUAGCAGAAAGAGGAAUAGAAGAGAUGAAGAAGAAGGAGUUCCAGGAGGAGAUCGAGAGACAAAAGGAACAGAUCAGCCACAUAGAAAUUCUCUACAAGAGACAGCUGGAAGGAGCCGAGAACACCUGCAGCCAGUACAAGGCCACACUGCAGCAGAACAUUUCCUCCAGUGCAAAAACCAUACAGGAACUCAAAGGUCAGCUGAAUCAGCUGAAUGAUGUCGUGGGGAAGCUUCAGAAAGAGCUGCAGGGUUGCCGAGGCAACAUCAAAACCCUUAAUGACAAAUUCAUGUACGACAUGACUCAGUGUAACGCCCAGGUGCUGUCCCAGAAAGAAAUGUGUGAUGAGAGAGUGGCUGCUGUUAAACUUGAAGUUGAGAAGAAAAUGCAGAAGCUCAUCCAUUCAGCUGUCCCAUCACAGCAGGAAAACACAGUGGAUAGAGCAGUGGAAGACAAGUCAGUCAAGCCUGUGUCUGGAGUUCACGCAACUGUUGUAAGCCACACACCGAGCCUCUCGCAUCCCAAGAGAAAUGAAGCCAAUGAACUACUAACAAAUGAGGUCACUGUGAAUAAAGUUCCCAGCGAUCCAGUGGAAUACCCUACAUCAAAGGAUCUCUCCAAAGCAGAGCCACAGGCUGUUCCCUCAGAUGUUGAACUCAAGCAGGACUCCAUACAGCCAAAAGAGGGAGCUGCCAAAGGAGACGAGGUUGAAGCAGAGACCAGUAAACUUGUGAAGAAUAACCUGACCAAAGAUAAAGGGAUGGAAGUGAUAGAUACUCAUGAAGAAGGCCCUCAGAGAGAAGAGGCAGAUCCCGGGAUGGAAGGGAUGCUGAUUGGUCAAGGAAAGGUCGAUGAAACCCAAGUUGGUCAAAAACUUCAGGAACCUGACGAGUACGACGCAGAUGAGCAAGUAGUGGGUGGAGAAGAUUUAGAGAAAUCACAGCAGAACACGCAGGCUGAAAACAUAGACAAGGUCAUGGAGGAUGAACUGGCUGACUACAAUGGAGAUGAUGAGAAUGAAGGAGAGUUUGAAGCAGACAAACAAGCUGAGCUUGCUCAAAACUGAGGGCAGUGUUUGACAAGGAUCCCGGAUACCAGAUUAAGAAACAGGACCUUCUGGUUUUUUUGUUUUUUUUUUACACCACGUUGCACAAUGCCAUACAACUUCAUGCAACCCAGGGGGAAAAAACAGUCAUCAAAUAGAACUCACUGUAUGAAAAACUGUUUAGAAGUAGCUUCCUGGAUUAUCUUUCUUUUGUCAUUUUUCAAUUGGAAUUGGUGUUUUCUUGUCACUGACUAUUUAAUUUAAAGUAACUCAAGAUGUUUUUAAGACUGUUGACUUGGAAAAACGGAGAUCAGCAUACCUGGAAUGCAUACUUCAUAAUGGCGGGUUGACUUGUUUUGUCCAAUUUUCAGUGGCUUCAAGGUCUGAAAUGCUGUAACAAGUUUAAAGAUCUGAGUGAUGUGUGUGACAGAACCGCUCCAUCAGGCCUCCUCUCCGAGUUUCGACAGCAUGUUGAACAAAGCCUUAACUCUCUCAUAGAAAUGAUUAUGACUUGGGGUCAAUGGUCAGGAUAUGUUAAUGGGCAUGUUAGCUGUAAAACGUCAUUAUCAAACUGUUCUGGCAUUUUAGUGGCUGCCAGGCUUUUAUUAGGUGUGUCACAGUGUCAAAUGUGUGUGUAGUGUUUUGUGAUUCAGUUUUAAAUUAUAAUGAAAGGACUAGACGGAUAUAUUUUACAUAAAUUCUUUAUCUGCUCAGAGUUUUAUGUUCUUACUUUAUGGCUGCUGUCUCUGGUCUGCUGGACUAAAUGGACUGUGUAUUUUGUCCAUUAUCAGGAGGGGGAGGGGCUGUUUCUGUAGCGUUAUGAAGGACAUUUUGUUGGCGUAGGGACUGUAUGUUGAACUUUAUUUCUUCUGCACUAACCUGGAAGCUGUUAGGCAAAUGACAAAUAAAACUGACUAAGGAGCUGCAGUUGUUCACGGUGUUAGAAAUGUUAUCACCAUAGUUUUCAUAACAAACCAUUCACUGUGGUUAUCAUUGCAAAUAUACCAACAUGUGCAGUGUGAAAUUAUCUUCCUUGGCUACUUUUAUUUGACAAUUUGAAUUUUUUUUUCUUUGAUAGUUCAAGUAGAAUGGGUUUUUUAAUAUAGUGAUGUUCAGCUUUUGUGCAUCUGCCUGGCUUGAAGAAAGCUGUGCAGGAAGGAACUGAAAUGGUAUUUCAUUUCACAAUUCUUCAGCAACACAAUUCUUCAGUAAAGGAUGAAUUUUAGUUCUUUAAUGUUUCAUUACAGUUUGGCUUCAUAGUAUAAUUUUUUUGUUUUUUUUUUUGUUUUGUUUUAAAGAGUGCAGCCACCAAGAAAAUGUGGUUAUCACUUAAUAAUUAAAAGCAUUAGCAUCAAUGCAGAAGCACAGAUAGAAUAUAUAUGGACUAAUAUAUGUGCUGUGAGAAAAACUAAAGGCUUUGCGGGUAGGUGGAUGGAGAUGGAGUUUCUCUCUGGUAUAAUUUUCUGUCUAAAAUAUUGAAUGUGAUUUCUUGAAAUUGUGAGACCUGAAAUGUUAAAAGCAAUAAAUGUUUUCUGUUCUUAAAAAAAAGAAAAACAGUUGCCCACAUAAGAAGAAACUCCAAGUCUUGGAAACAACACUUCAAAUCAAGUCACUGAUUUGUUUUAGUACAGAGAUAACUCCGAUGAUAGCAGAUAGGCAGCAUUAUGUCAUACUUGAAGAUCAGCCAACAUCAGUCCUGCAGCAGCACUCCUCAAAACUAAUGAAUGCAAUUUCUCUGCCUUUUUGUCUCCCUUUUGACUGGUUUACAGGGAAUAUAAUUUUUUUUCCUUUUAAUGAUUAUGUAAUUUUAUUUUUUCACUGUUUCGUUGUCUAACUUUGCAAAUCUUUGUCAACUACUGCAUUGUUUUCAGGAACCUUUGUUUACUGAACUCAAAUUAUGUGUAGCCUGAGAGAGAAUGUUUUAUGAUUUUAUAAAUUAGAUUCAGUUUUUUUUUUGUUGAUUUGAUGUGUUAGAAUUCUAUUUUGUUUGAUUCUGAACUGCUGAAUAAAUUUGACCGGUUUAAAUAA